AACAAGGCCGUCGUGUGUGCGGUGUCAGCAAGCUACAUUUCAACAUUCGCGGGAUAUCCUCUGGACUCUAUCAAGUCCAGACUGCAGACCAUUCGCACCCCGAUAACGAUCCACAGCCUAGCCGCGCAGGUGUAUAGAGAGGAGGGUAUCGUUGGGUUCUACCGUGGGCUAUGGAUACCAUUGAUGACAAUCUCAUUUGUCCGCGCGGCAUCAUUCACGAUAUAUACGAGUACUAAAGAGUACUUCCGCGAUCAUCAUCUGCUAGCGCAUAAUACACUACUGAACGUGGCCUCAACUGGUGGCAUUGGAGGUGCCCUAUCCGGGUCAUUGAUAUCAUUUGGGAGUGCGCCAUUCGAACUUGUCAAGGUUCGCCGGCAGCUGGAAUACUCUAUCGCUGCAAGCAAGGGUUUGCGUAUAAUAAAAGCUCCAGGUACUAUGGAUGCUGUUCGUGAGAUAUUCAGAACAUAUGGCCUUGGUGGCCUGUAUCUCGGUUUCCGCCUCCAUUUCGUGCGAGAUACGGUGGGCACCGGCUUGUACUUUUUCGAGUACGAUGGUCUGCGGCACCUGAUGGGUCGUCUACAAUCUGGGGAGCAAGGUCCAACACCAGCUUGGAUGCCCGUUCCAUUGUCCACGGUUCCAUUCCUAUGCGGCUCUCUGGCAGGAGUCACCUCAUGGGCAUUGAUAUAUCCUCUUGACGUCGUCAAGACGAAAGUUCAGCAGCGCGCGUUGGCUGGAGAGCAGCGGCGGGGUACAUGGGAGACCUUGCGCCGACUGAUCCGAGGCCCAGAUCCAAAUGCGCCGAAGCCGAUAUUGACAGGGCUAACCAGGUUGUAUCGUGGUCUGGGAGUCAGUGCCUUGAGAAGCAUCACAACCCACGGCUUGCUAUGGACAUUCUUUGAUCUCACAGCUGGGUACAUUGAUAGGUUACCAGUGAUUAAUAGAAGCAAUGAAGAGAAUGCUACUUAG